UUAUGCAAGUUUUCAUAAUUUCCAAUCGGUCUAAGAAGGAAAAUUGAAAAACAGAAAAUGGGGUGAAAUCCAAUUCCUCUCUCCCAUACUGUUCCCACUUCCCGCCGGCCACCAGUCUCCGGUCGCCUCGCCGCCGUUCGGCCGCUGAGUUGCCAUUGCUGAGGCCGUCGUUGACUUAAUUCUUCCAUCGUCGUCACGCCGACCCAAGUCCUCCUUCCUAUUCAAUUUCAAAAUCCCAAUUUCAACUUCAAACUCAACCAUUUCGCAAAAUCUUGAAAUUGGAGGUACGAUUCUUCUCCUAACAUGUCAUUCGUGAUUCUAAUCCAGUAUUGAUGAAUUAUUUAGACGAUUUUCGCCGUAAAUUUUGAGAUUUGGCGAGUCAAAUUUGGGCGGGAAAUGGCAUUCCGGUAUAGAUUUGAUGGCGAUCGCGGAAGAUAGAAGAGCAAUUCAAACAGGGAAUGGCUGUAUUGUUGUAAAAUCUGCUUCGAUCGAUGAAGAAGAAAGCUGCAAUCUAUACUAAAUCUGAAAAACCAGAUUACUUCAGCAUCACUGAGUGUUACCGUGUUCCAAAUGUUAACCCAAUGCAAUGAUGUUCACACACUUCACACAAUACACGCACACAUCCUCACCCACGGCUGUUUCACCAUUCCCGCCUUUUCAAACAAACUUAUCAACUCCUACGCCCACUUCAACUCUCUACCUUCAUCUCAAAUCCUCUUUCACCAAAUCAGGAACCCCUUGACCAUUCACUGGAACUCUAUAAUCAAAGCAUUUUCUCUGGGCUCCAAUGCUAUGCAAGUUAUCAAUUAUUACAAUGGCAUGGUUACUUCUCACUCUUCUCGCCCCAAUAGUAUCACUUUCUCCUCUGUGCUUAAAGCAUGUGGAGCAAUUAAUGCUGGAAAUAAGUGUAUGGAGAUUCAUGGCUCAAUGAUACGGUCUGGAUUAAGUUCGGAUACGCAUGUAUCGACCGAUCUGAUUCGGUCUUAUGCUGCUUUUGGGGGAUUGGUUAGCAUGAGGAAGGUGUUCGAUGAAAUGACUGAAAGGGAGUUGGUCACUUGGAAUCCACUGAUUGGUCAAAGUAUUUGCCAGUGCCCCGAUAUAUCAACAACAUUCACUAGUGUAUCCGCCGUUCACUGUCAAUUCUCCCUUCCAACUGUUAAACCAUGUUUCUCUGAACUUAAGACAGAAAACUUCAUAACUCCAAAAGUUUCUUCCACCGUGUUUUUCUUCAGUUGAACCGAUGUUUACGGUUCUGCUCAAUCACAAGCUUUACCCGUGUCCCGCACUGCAACUUCUUUGGGCAAUUUAUCUCAAACCUGAAUAUACCUUCUUUAAUCCCUUAUACUUAGCUAAUGCUUAAGAAUAGUUGUGAAUGCCCCAUAGAAUCAAUAACAUUUACCAGUUCAUCUUUUGGAACUUUUUCCCUUCACAAAAUAUUCUGUAACAACCUUAUCAUCCAUAAAGCUGCACCAGUAACCUCAUCAACUCUUGGUCCUGUAAAAAGUUGGAGGGGUCGGGGCUUUCUUUCUUGUUUUCUUGCUGAGAUAAGGAUAUUAUAUGUCGUGGUUCAGUGUUGCAAUAUUUAUGCAUUAUUUAUGGUUGUAUAUGAUCUGUAGAUUGCGCAUCUCUGUUGAAAUUGUUGUGAUCUAUUAUGAGAAACAAAACCUUGGGGGCUACUGGAACAGGAUGUCAGGGAAGUAGAGAAGCACUUUACUCUGAGACACCAGAAUAAAUUAGUUGUGAAUGCCUAGUAACGAGAUUAACUAGUUCAUCUGUUGGAACAAUUUCCUUCACAGAAUCUUUGGUCAUCGCCUCAUCAUUCAUGAAGUCUACCCCAGUAACAUCGUCAGAUCCUUGCUCUUCUUUCGUGAAUGCAUCACAGCCUCAACAGACUGCUGAAAAAAGUAGGCCCAUUUCAACUAAUGACCUGAAUACACCAUCUCAAGCUUCAAGUGGCCUGCCAAUAGUGACCGAGUUUACCAGUCAAAAUAUCAAUGGACCACAGUACACUCCUUCAAGCAAUUCACUUGUGCAGUCCGCGACAUCAAUACUUCAUGGAAUACCCACUCAGGAGGAGCCUAAUGGUAGAAGCAGUGAGACUAAGUUGCAGGUUGAAGAAGCUAAUGGUUCAGUAGCCCCUUUGCUGCCACGGAAGAACCCCAGGGAUUGGGUCAAUAUCACCUCACUGUCACUUCAUACGGCUCAAGGCACUGCUGAGAUGUUUUCUGUGGUGAGUUAUUGCUCUUUGGUGGUUCUGUAUCAAAACAUCGCACUGGAGCUAUGAAGCUUAUGUAAAACACUAGAAAUCAUACAUAGGAGCAAAGGUGAUGAGGUCAAAGACAGUUGUAGUUCUGUACAAAUUAUGGAAAUAAAUGAAGACAUGCAUGCCCUGCUGAAUCAGCACGAAGUUGAAGUCACUCCAACAACUGAAAGACGCAAUGCUGAUGUUUUAGCACUACUGCCAAAGCUUCCUCUGCUGGAGUUGAAUAUUACACAGAACCUUCACUGCGCGAGCUGGCAGCUAAGGAAAUGGCAGAAGCAGGAUUCUGCAGGCAUGUGAAGGACUUUGUUGUGGGAAGGCAGGGUCAUGGAAGCAUCAAGUUUCUUGGAGAAACAGAUGUCUGUUAGGAGUGAAGGGCGGAAGAGAGGCAGAGAGCACGGGAUAUGCUCUCCAAUCACACUUAAUAAUUUGUAAAUGCAGAAUAGAGAGGAACGAUCACUUGAUUGAAUGGAAUGUAAAGAAAUAUCAAUCCUCCGCAGAGAUGGGGCACAGGUUAACAAGACGGCUGAGGUCACUCUGCUCAAUGUCAAAUGCAUCAGCAAAAAGACAGGAAAGAAGUAUGUCGAAGGGCCGCCAGUUGAGAGUUACAAAGAGAUCUUGGUCAAAAUGAUUCGAGAACGUGGAGCGGAGUUUGAUUCAUACGAUCCAGUUGAAGGGGAACUGAAAUUUAGGGUUAAACUCUUUUAACUAGACUAAUCUGAAUUAGGAUCAUGUGGUUUCUUGGCUUAGUUUUGUCUACUAGUUAAACUAGUACUACUUGUUUUAUAAAUAUAUAUUCUUAUUAAUCUUUGAGUUGCAAAAA